UACAUAUAUAAAUGUUGCUCAGGUUCAAUACUACUUCAGUGAAAGGGAAGAGGAGAGAGUCACCACAACUCAUUAAGUUAUUAAGAUGAACAAGAUUGUCUUUGUUAUUCUUCAAGCUGUCCUUCAGUUGGCAGGCAGCACUUCACUGAGGUUCAUAAAGCCAAAUGUUGUGGCUUUGGAGGUAUCAGAUCUGUCCAGCUUUGAGGUAUCGCUGCAUUGUGGAGAGCAAUAUAAAGGAGAGCAAAUUUGCUGGGAGAAGGAUGGGGAAAGCAUCUCUGAGACAGGAAACCACAUCACUGUCAUGAUAGAUGGGCUGCGUGGGGGAAACUUCACAUGUCACAGACCAAACAGAGAUCUUCUGAAUUACACACUACUACUGGUCCAUCCAGUUGAGUUUCCUAAAGGAGGAGUUCUUAUACAAUCUAGUGACACAGAAUUCAUUUCUUGCACCGCAAGAAACUAUGAUGGACAAUUUCAUUGUUCUUGGAAAUGGCAUCAGAAUCGGAAUCAAAGAGCUGUGGUAUAUUCCACAGCAAUCCGAAACUCUAGUCUCAUCAACUGCACUCUGGACUCUGAUAUAUCUGGGCUGACUUGUAUUGACCAGGAUUACUGUCCUUACUCCGAGGAAUCUAGGAGCAUCAACCUCACGCUGUUUGUCAGAAAUCUGUAUAGGCUGGAGGAGCACCACAGGACUUUCCUCAUCCGAGACAUUGUUAAGCCAGAUAAAGUUAGUAUCACCAAGAUCCAAGACGAUGUAUUUGAGUGGCAGCCCCCUGAAACGUGGAGUUUCCCCUGCAGUUUCUUUCCCCUCUCCUAUGAAGUGAAAGUGGUUCCCAACAAUCAUAGCUGUGACUACAAAGGAAGUCGUGUCGAAAAAAAUGAAACCAACGAAACACAUUACAAUGUGAAAUUCAAAAAACCAUAUACUUUCUGCAUCCGAGCGCAGGACCCGCUAACUAAAAAUAUUUGGGGUGACUGGACUCACUUUCAUCAGAGAAAACACCGGCACACCUCAGAAAAAUAAAGGUCUAAAGAGAAUACACCCGUCUGCUUGACAAUCUGCUUUCUAUUCCUGACAAUUAUUCAUAUUUAUACAUUUUGUAUUAUUAAAAUGUGCCAUGGUGAAAUUUGUGCAAUAAUUUUCCAGAUCAUUAAAAAUAUAUUGGAUGGCCUUUGAAAA